UUUGAAACAAGUGUGAGAAAGCAAAGUUUUAUCAUCAGAGACGUCUGCUUAUCAUUAUAUAGAAUAUAAUGGAAAUUUAAUUUUUUUAUAUUUUUUUAAGAUAUUAAAGUAUAAAAUAGUAUUUAAGUGUUAGCAUGGAAGCCACAGGUGAUCAAUUAAUCCUGGCUACUGGUGGCUAUGACCACACCAUUAAAUUAUGGCAGGCACAUACCGGCAAUUGUAUACGCACGUUACGUUUUGUCGAGACAUCACAAGUUAAUGCUUUGGAUCGUACUCCUGAUAAAACACGCUUAGCUGCCUGUGGUUAUCAAUGUAUACGUUUAUAUGACUUGGAAUCUAACUGUACUGUGCCUGUGAUAAAUUUCGAAAGUGUUCAAAAAAAUAUUACACGUCUCGGUUUCCAGGAAGAUGGCAAUUGGAUGUACACAGCCGGCGAGGAUCAUCGUGUACGUAUAUGGGAUAUGCUGUCGGCCACACCCCACUGUUCACGUGUUUUCGAUUGUCAAGCUCCGGUUAAUGCGGCCUGUCUGCACCCUAAUCAAGUAGAAAUAGCUAUGGGUGCCCAAAACGGUGGCGUUUAUCUGUGGGAUGUUAAGUCCGAAGUGCAUGAACAAUUGAUACCCGAAGUGGAUGCGUCCAUACAGGAUGUGGCCAUUUCACCAGAUGGCCAGUAUAUGGCUGCCGUUAACAACAAAGGCAAUUGUUAUAUAUGGUCCUUAAGUUCCUCACCAAAUCAAAAACUGACCACCUUACAGCCAAAAUUGAAAAUUGCUGCUCAUAAACGUUAUGUGCUGCGUUGUAAAUUUAGUCCCGAUUCGCGCCUAUUGGUGACAACAUCCGGCGAUGGAACAGCACGUAUUUGGAAGUCUGACGAUUUCACUAUGUGGAGGGAAUUAUGCAUUGAAGGCUAUUGGGUUUGGGACGCUGCUUUUAGUGCUGACUCUAAAUACCUCUUUACAGCAUCUAGUGAUGGUAUUGCACGUCUGUGGAAAUUACAAACAAAAAAUCCUGAACGCAAAUACACUGGUCACACCAAAGCCAUAACAGCACUCUCAUUUAGAGAUGAAAUUGUAAGCGAAUAACAUCUGGCCAUGUUUCCUCUACCGCAAACUGGAGAAAAAGGACAAAGUUUCGAUUCAAUUAUAUGCGGCCAGAGCAAUGCAUUAAAGAUUAACUGGGUGUGUGGUGCUUUUUGUGCUUUUGUAAGUCAUGAAAUAUCUAUUUGAACUGAGGGCCGGUGGGAACAAACUUUGUAUUCAUAAAAUUUUUUAACAGCUUUUCUUU